AUGAGUCGCAAACCCAUCGUGGCGGGCCUCAAUCGCCGCCAGUCCUCGACGCCACACUACCAGACGUUCCCCACAGCUCCCCCACGAUCACGCGGGCAUGCGCUCUCAUCCCCCUUCGACUCCACCAACGACCAAGAUGGGAUAUCCAAUGCCGACGACGAGCAUCAUAACAACAACCACAACCAUGAGUCGCCGCUUCCGCGCCGUCAGCUCGCCGUUCUUGCGGUCAUCGCCCUGGCCGAGCAAACUGCGCUGAACUCCAUCUCCCCGUACCUGCCACAGAUGGUGGCCUCUUUCCCCUCAACAGACCCAUCACAAAUUGGUCUAUAUGUCGGCGCAAUCGGCUCGUCAUUUGCUGCUGCGCAACUCCUCACGAAUUACUUCUGGGGCUCACUCUCCGAUCGCAUUGGGCGCAAGCCAGUUAUCCUCCUCGGUGCCAUCCUCACAGCUGUGGCAUUUGUUGGGUUCGGGUUCUGCACAAAACUAUGGCAUGCGAUCGUCGUGCAAGCUAUAAUGGGGAUUGUAAAUGGGAAUCAGGGCCUUAUAAGUACGUGUCUGGGCGAGAUCACGGACCGCUCGAAUCAAGGCCGCGCUUUCGUCUGGCUGCCCGUUAUCUACGGUCUAGGCGCUAUCUCAGGGCCGGCACUGGGAGGAUUGUUGGUGCAAGGAGGGUCUAGUGCGAAGAAACAAUCCUACCCGUUCUUGCUCCCGAACCUGGUUGCAGCUGUCAUACUGGUGGUGGAAUUUACAGUUAUCCUGAUAUUCCUCGAAGAGAGCCUCGAGGAGGCCAAGGACCUCCCACCACUACAAGACAGAGUCAGAGCCUUCUUCUCAUGGAUGUGGCAGUUUGCCGCAGGUGCCAUCCGCCCAACCUACACCCGCCGUGGUCCCCUCCACCACCACGGCCACCGCCGAGCCUACUCCCACAGCUCUACCGUCUCGGGCACAAGCAGCACCUCCCCAUCCUCCUCCCUCCUCCGUGACAUCUUCGCUGGCCCAUCUAACUCCAUCCCCAUCAAAGACCUCCUCAGUGGUACCACCCUCCUCCUUCUAUCAACCUACUUUGUCUUCCAGCUCUCCAACGCAUCCUUCAACGCCCUCUACCCCGUUUUCGCCUUCGCUGACCCCCCACUCGGCCGCAACAUCCCCGCCCGAGAUAUCGGUUUCUCGCUCUCCGCCGCCGGUGUCGCUACCAUCAUCUUCCAGGUCCUCAUCUUCGGCCGCCUACGCGACAAGAUGGGAAACAAAGCGACGUACCGCGCCGGCCUAGGCUUAUUCGCCGUUGCCCUCCUCGCAACCCCGACUGUACCAUUCGCGGACGCAAAACCGCCGUUCAAGUUCCUCACAGGACACAUGUGGAUGUGGGCACAUAUCUCCCUCGUCCUCCUCGCCAAGACAGUAGCAUCCGUAGGCGGCCUCUCCAGCGCCCUCCUGCUCAUCACCAAUUCAGCCCCUGAACCAGAGUGCCUAGGCGCUCUGAACGGGUUGGCACAGACGCUUAGCGCGGCGGGGCGAGCGGUUGGUCCCGUAAUCGCGGGUGGGUUGUUCAGCGCUGCGCCGAAGAAUGGGAGGAGUGGUGGUUGGAUCCCGUUUGGGGUGUUUGGGGGUGUUGCGGUGCUGGGGUUCGUGGCGAGUUGGGGGAUUAGGGGCGAGGAGUUGGAGGGGGAGGAGUGGGAUGAGGGUGAGCAUGAUGAGGAGGAGGUGUGA